AUGCCAAAGGUUGCCAAGGCAGCCGAUUCAUCUGGCACGCCAGGAAGCUCUCCACCAGGAGAGGUACCUGUGCUGUCGCCAGAGGCCCUUCAAAAGCUCAUCAGAGAGCACGAGCUGGAGGAGGAGAAGAAGCGCCAGGGCACAGAGAUGGAGGGCCUAGCAGAUAUGCGUAUCAGUCCGGGGACACCGUCCACGGCAAGGUGGAUGCGCAUAGGAGGGCCAGCGUAUGUACUCCACAAACGGCGAUCCCUACGUGAAGCUCGCUCCGUGGCACGCCCGUACGAUAUGCGGGAUCUCCUGGGUGGUGAGUACAACUGGGCGACCUGGAUGCAGCCCCCUCUCUCCGGGUAUUCCUUGCACUUUUCCUAUUUGGCUUUCGAGUUUGGAAAGUUGCAAGGGAACUACCUGGUGGAGUUUCGCGACAAGCCGAAGGUCUACACCGGUGGUUACACGAGUCCCUUCGAAAAACACCCCGGUGGAAUCCCCAAGCUUCUCGAUGACCUCCGCAUGGCCUCCGAGAAUGAGUUCCGUCCUCUUGUCAAAGAGAUCGGCUUCAAGCGCCCGUACCGUGAAAUCCAGUAUGUCCGUGAGGACUUUUGCACGCUGGUCUCGGUCAUCACUGAAGCGUACGGGCCCGACUUCUUCGCCUACAUUCAGCGCCGUGCGCAGAAUACGGAGGUUCGUCGGAAGUACCUCGUCAAGACUGUUGAGGGGUACGGCCUGUACGACUCGACGCUUCAGCAGCCGUUCAAUGGCCCGUGUAUUCUCGCCUGCCUUGAGAAGGUCUUCAUGCAGAACGCUGAACAGAAGGACUUCAAGUCUAAGUUCGGUCGCAAGGCAAAGAAGGACCUUAUGGCAUACCUUGCACUCAAGGAACAGCGGGAAGCUCAACUGGAAGAGCUCUACACGCGGUCAGCGGACUUACCACCGGGUAAGAUGGCUGGCUCGGCAAAGACAGAAGCACCCGAUGUGCCAAUGGAGACCGAAGCUCCAGAAAGCUCUUCACAGGGAGAGGAAUGUGGGGUAAAGGUCGAACCUUCCGAAAGCUCUUUACUGGAAGAGGCAUCGAACACCAAGGAUGAGCACAUGGGUGACAACGACGAACCGAUGGCACCAGAGAGCUCUUCAUCUGAAGAGGCGUCUACGCCUGACAUUUCACCCGAAAAGGAUGCCAAAGGUCCUACUCUCCACGACCAGGGCAUCUGGGGAAAAUGCGAGAACGUCGUUGAUCCGGAGGCUUUUAAAAGGGCUGCUAAGGAAGCCGAGACUCAGAACGAGUCCGCGUUCAACAACAAGGAGGACGCAAAGGAGAAGUACGGCCUCGAAGAUACUAAGGAGUAUCAGGAUUUCAUUUCUACCUUGGCACAGAGAGAGAAGACUAGCCCUAUGUAUAUCCGAGAUGAAACCUAUGACCCUGUCAAUGCGUUCAAGAUGCAGCACAUGAAUUGGCGCGUUCGACGAGAGCCGCACUCAGCUCAGAAGUACACCCUGUCAGAAGAGGAUCUCUUCAAACAGCUAUGCAACAUGGCUCCCAUCUAUGAACGUCGCCCUGACCGCCUGGACGUCAUUUUUCGGACAGGUGAUGUGCGCGCCACUCUUGACGACAAGUUGAUGGAGAGGGCAUCUGCCUCUAAGGCCGCAGCGUUUGAAGCCGCAGCGCUUGAAGCGUACGAUGCUCUCUUAAGAAUUGGAGAAGGAGCUUCUGAAUGCAAUGCUCCAUUUUUCCUCGGGGCUGGUGUUGAUGAAGAGGAUAUCGGAGACUUGUCACUGGACAAGAUACCGAAUCCUAUCUUCUUUCGUUUUGGUUUGGCGGAAGAUGGACCAGUUCCUAUCUACACCUCCAUAACCAAAUGCACUGCACUGGUUGUCAAUUUGGGGAACCUGGCACGCGGCAGGAAGAGGUCAGCGCCGUCAGCAUUCGCCGACUACAUCGACUACGAUGACACGCGCUUCUUUAUGCUGCGAAGCCUCCGCGGUGUCUUCUCAGGAGUUCGAUUUCCUGCGCUACAGAG